AUGGGGCACAUGACGUCACACUGCUCUGUUUUGACCUUAACGUUUUUAGAAGCUGCCGACAAGAGUGCCAGCCUGGCCUCUGCCCGCUCCACUCUUUCCACCACCACCACCACCUCCAGUCGCCAAAUGGAAGAAGAGCUCGAGAGGAGAGCCUCAGUGGCAGCUGGGGCGCAGAAAGACCAGCGCACAAAUAGUACGACUCGCACGCGUCGCCAUUCUACGGCGGCAAGCAUGCGGAAACGGCCAGAUGCAUCCCGGAAAUUAUCGUCCCUCUCCGCCCAAAUGAACCCGAAUAUCGAGGCGGCGUUCUCGUCGUGGAAACGCGAGAAGCGCCGCGAGAGU